CAUCAAAAGUCAACACCAAAUUGCCAACACAAGUCUCCAGUCCUCUUGUCACAAUUUCCCCUGAAAGAUGGGCUGACUGACACGGCCAGACUCGCCAGUAAAUUUGAAGAAGGGCAGGGCGUCCUGGCCCGAUGGUCAGAUGUCCUCUUUUACCUGGGAACUAUCUCCAAGAGACUCAGCGAGAGCAGAUAAACUGGCCGCCCAUCAAAAGUCAACACCAAAUUGCCAACACAAGUCUCCAGUCCUCUUGUCACAAUUUCCCCUGAAAUAUGGGCUGACUGACACGGCCAGACUCGCCAGCAAGUUUGAAGAAGGGCAGGACGUCCUGGCCCGAUGGUCGGAUGGCCUCUUUUACCAGGGAACUAUCUCCAAGGAAUACACUCUGUACUCACCAGUGCUUGCUGAGGGAAAAAACUGGGAGAGGAUUCACCUUUUGGACCACAAGUUGUAGAUGUUGUCAUCUCAUUUUUAAUCAGUCAGUUUAAGUAGAGGUACACUGAUCCAGUGAACACAAUAACAAAUGAAUUGUAAUUGUUUCAAACAUUGUCAUCUCAAUUAAGUAAUGUUACAGUUCAUUGAUUUAAAUAUACAAUAUAUCACUGUUAGAGAACGCAUUCAGACAGCAGAGUAAUGCUAAAUGUUCAUGGUUUACUUAGCUUAAUUUACAAUUAAAGAUUACAUAAUUUUUCAUUGUUUUAAAACAAUACAUAGUAAAAUAAACAAAACCAAAAAAAACAAGUCUCUUGCACUUAAUUUCUCAUAUGCACACUUACAUGUACCUCUUUUCUGUCAAAGCACAGAAUGGAGUAAAGCUUAUUUUGCUUAAUUACACUAGCACGUCCGUUUAUUUGAUAAUUCAAAUCAGGAAACUUCUGAGAAUCGUGUUCACUUGAUCAGUAAGUACAAGUGUUGACCCAGGGACGUCAUAUUCUUGUGAUGACCCAGGGACGUCAUAUUCUUGUGAUGACCCAGGGACGUCAUUCUUUAUAGCUCAUCUAAUAUGAGACAAACAGUAAUUAAUCACUUCAUUUUAUUAUUGUUAUUAUUAAUAAUAAUACAAUAUCUAAUAUAAGACCAAGAUUAAUCUAUCAAUAUACUGCAAUAAUAAUAAUAAUAAUAAUAAUAAUAAUAAUAAUGAAAUAUCUUGUGUUGACCCAGGGACGUCAUUCUUUAUAGCU